AUGGAAGAUUCAAUAAGUACAAGUGAUACAUUCCUAGUUGAUGACCGAUCGGCUCGUGAGAGUCAAAAUUACCAAUUUCUGCAUAUAAGUCUCGAUAGUUUGUUCUUUACAGCAGGCGACAAUCUAUCCGGAGAUAUUUUGCUCAAUCUCUCAUCCAGAAACUCCCCAUCCUUAGUUUCCCUUAAAGUUCUUGGCAUUGAGUCUGUUAAGGUAAUAAAGCCAAACGGCCAAACAGCUGAAGAACAAAAAUGUAUAUUUAAAGUGGACUCCAAAUUGCAGCAAUGGGCUGAAAACACCCCAAGUGGGCAGUUCAGUUUUCCAUUUACCUUUAAAACUCCUCAAUUCUCUCCAGCGUCUUUCAGCUUUUCCUCAACAGACCCUGAAGGCAACCAGAUCUUUGCAAAAGUAGAAUACACAAUAACCGCAGAAUUUAUAUCCCAAGACCAGAUAAUUAUUUCUUCUCAGAAAGAAAUAACUCUCCGUAACAAAAAUAGUCGGCUGCCUAUUAAAAAGACGGUAAGUGCCCACCAAGCGAUAAAGUCAUGCUUCUGCUUCUCUCAGGGGUACUCAACAAUUACCCUGGCUAAUGAAAUGUCAGAACAUUCCACAAUUGGCCAGUUAUCGAAUUUUAAGAUUGACCUUAAAGACAGCUUGCCAGUUUCGCCAAUUAGUAUGGUCGUGCAGGUGAUUUUUGAUAUAAAUUUAACGAUUCCUGGGGACAAAGAGUAUUUUUACUCCACUAUUGUGACGAGGAUUAUGCCAAAUAUAAAACAUGAAGGGAUAAAUAUGGCUGGGCUCAGGUUUGAAGCAGAUUUGGAUAAAAUUCUGUAUGGAGACAACCCAUGCAGCAAUGAUGGAUCUUUGUUUAAAGCUGAAUACAAAGCUCAAGUUUUUGUGCUUUAUAAUGUGGGCUGCAGGACAAAGAAGGUUCAGGCUGAGCUAGAUCUACAUGUGAACCCCAGGAUUUAUGAAGGGGAAGAAUUAAGGCUCCCCAAUAGAUGGAGUCCGAGAUUUGGACCUAUCACCAAUCUCAUCGUGGAGAACACGAAACUGAUAAAUGAUGAGAAAAACUGGAAAUCAGCUUAA